AUGGGCGUCGAGCCCAGCCGGUGCUGCCUGCAUGUUGCAGUCCACCCGCGCAACCAUCUUCACAUCUUUGUAUCGUACCAUCCCAUCUACCUUGACUCUUUGCUCGUCCGGAGUCAUUGCGAUAUCAAAGCUGGCGGGGUUCUUCUCGUCAUCAGCUGCAGAAACCUUCAGGGCGCCGAUCUGAAAGCUAUCAACUGUUCCGGCGGCAGUGAAUCCCGCGUCGUUGAUAUCCGCGCUGAACUCUCCCGUCCUGUCAAAGAUUUUCAUCUUUCCGGCGACACUAAUUCCCGAGGAAUAGGUUUUUCUUCCGAUCCUGACCCCGCUGGAGAGGGAUUCAAUCUUGGCCAGACGGCCAGCAAAGCGGACGAUUUUGCACAUAUCCAUGUUCUCCACAGCAACCUGGAACAUCUCGCCCUCGGUCUCGCUGAUGAGCAUACCACCCUUGGCCAUGGUGCUGUCGAUGUCGAUCUCGGCUGUCAAUCCGAAGUCGAACUCCGAGCGACUGAGAUCACGGAAAAAUUCAGACAGUUGAACCCUGUCAAUUUCGCCGUAAAGCAGCCAUUCGCGCUUCUUGGUCUUCGCCUGGCGUUCGUAGUACACGCCGACUUUGAUAUCAUGGCCAGAAAAUUCCACUUCGCCCGUCACCGCGAAUUUGCUCUUGCGGUUGCGGAGGUUCUUGUCAAUAUCAGUUUCUUUUUCAUCGAGCUUCAUUGUGUCGGGAGUGGUAACAUCGGCGAUUUUUGUGUUUGUCCCGGACUCUUUCUUCUCAUCUCCGUCUUUUUCAUCUUUAUCGCCUUCCCCCUUCCGCGGGUCCUCUUUAGGCGGCCUAGCACCAAUCUCGAUAUCCAACGACGCCUUCGUCACUGUAAUAUCCUGCCCCUCGAUCUUGAAGUCCUCAACAUUACCGGUCUUCUUGGGCUGCUUUUUGGCAUCAUUGCCCUUAUCCACGUUUUCCCAUUCAUUGGCAGCGGUGACGUCCUCCUCCACCCUUUUAUUCUCGACUUCACGUUUCUCCACGGCGAUAACUUCACGGCGCUUUUUAUUGUUCUCCUCAUUACUCUCGUUCUCUUUCAUUUCGUUGUUACUACCUUCGUCAUCCGCCUGGCUCUCCAUCUGCUCAACCUGAAUCGCCGAGAUCUCGACGCCAACCGACUUGAACGUCAAAAGAUCCCAGACGUUCAGAUUCCCAUCCAAAUACGCCCCGAUAACCAAUUUCAUGCGCGCCAGCAUGUCAGCGACGGGCUGCAAGUGCCCACCAGAAACCUCGACAUCACCCUCGAGCCGCAGACCCCUGGGAUAAAGGAAGUCAUCCUCCUCCUCAGAAUAGAUAGCGUGGAGCCCACUCCGUCCUCGAGCAAGGGUAUUUUGCCCAACUUGACUUUUUCGCGCGUUGCCCCAUCGCCCUGCCGCGACUUCCUCAAGGUGCACCGGGUCAGCUGCCACACCGCUAACGAACUGGAGAGGACCCGUUUGGGUAUGCUGGAGGAAGAGAGUUGGCUGGCUGGAGUUCAGGGGCGCCAUAAGCAGGGCGCUGCCGGUGGUGGAAGCGUUCUUAACCAAGGCGCCACCGACAACGAGGGUGUCUGCGCCAGUCUGCUGGAUGGAUCGAGGGCUGGUGGUUGGGUCAUCUGGGCCAACUUCGAUACUGGUGCGGGUGGGCAGGUCGUUAAGUUUGCUUAUGAGGGGGUAGAGAGAGUCGAGGUUUUUGAACGCGCCCUUGCGCUUGAGGUGCGAGAAUUGUUGCUUGAUGGUUAA